UUGUAUUUUUUUAAAAGAUGGCUUCCUGUAACGGAUAUCGAUGAACAACGACGUCACCGAAUACAGUUUUCUCCAGUAAAAAGUUUUUACAAAACAGUGCCAUUAGAUGAAACAGGAGCAACAGAUACAGAAACACCACGUGUAUCAAUGUCAAGUUGGUCUAAUGGUGUUGGUGCAAUAGGGAAUCUAGGAUAUCCGGUAGAUUCACAUAUACUUACUGAUUCUUUAAUUGUGAAUACUGAGGAAGAAGAAGAGGAAACAAAAAUGAAUACAAAUGAUGAUAUUAAGGAAAUACUAUCAAUGUUGACUGAUGAUGAAAACGGUAAUCCGAAAUGGGAAGCGUACGAUCAACGUGGAACUCAGUGGAGAGAAUUUAAGUAUGGUAAAAAUCGUUAUCAAUUACCUUUCAAGCGUAAUUGGAUUAUUGGGAGUGUUGAUGAUGACAAGCAUUCUUGUGAUGCAUCAAGUGAAGAAAGCGAUGAUUUACCAACAGAUCUGAAUGUAAUCACGGAAACUACGUCAUCUACGCUUCCUGAUCUUAGGCCAAUUUCUUUGAAAAGACGACGUAGAGGACGAUGGAGUGUAUCUGACCGCUUUCCAUCAAUUUCUUCUGUAGCUAAAAUAUCUAGCGGAAUAUUACAUGAUAUCGAUAAUACUAAAUGUUCUCAAACAUGGUCUGAGAUUCCUCAUACUGAUAAUGCGAGCGCAUCAUUAGCAUUAAUUCGUCCACCUCUUUUACAUAAUUUUGCUAGUACUUUCCGUGGUCGUGGUAAGCAUCAAAUUAGGCGCAAGUUGCGUGCUCGGCGUUUUCCACGUUCAAUGUCUGAUGGUGAACAUCUUGGAAUUUGUUUAAGUUGUAAGUAUUCCUCUUGUGAUAGAUUUUUACCUAAAACUUCUAUGCGUUCAGCGCCUCCCGAGAUGUCGGCAUCUCACUGGAGUACCACUACUUCUACAUGCCUGGACAGCGAUGCUACAGGAUUUGAUCAAAGUGAUGCUCCGCCAUAUGAAUGGGAUGAUUACAAGCCACCCGCCAAAGCAGAAGAUGAUGAUCCAUGGGAUAACGAUAAAAGUGAUCGAAAAGACUUAUCAGUACUAACUAUUGAAGAUGAUUAUCAAAUGGAACUUUCUGAUAAUCCAUUGGCAUCAUUCCCUGCUCAUUUAUAUCAGUCAGCUAAUAGUUAUCAAUCCCACUUCAAAAAUAAAAAUCAUGGAACGAUGCGUGAGCGAACACUUCGACCGAUGGCUGCAGUAACAGGGCAUUGCUUGUCCACUAAAACCGCGGGCAAAAAAGGAAGUAGUGCGUGGAAAUGUGGAAAAGUUACUGAUAAAAAACCUAUCACUUCAUUACCAUUAUCCUCAUCAUCAUUAUUAUUGUUAUCAUCACCGUCAUCAUCAUUAUCGUCAUCUAAAACGUUAAAUGCAUCAUUUAUUCGACAUUUUUCUGAUUCUGACUUAAAUUACGUAACUAGAAUAACGUCUGAAAGUAGCAAAAAUAUUGAAAAGAAACAAAGUACUUCACAUUUUACUACUCAAUCAGUGCCAUUAUCAUUGAAUUUGUCUGAUUAUCAUCAUCAUUAUCAACAACAACAACAACAGUUAUCAUCACCAUUACCAACAAUUUUAUCAAAAAUUGAAAAAUUUGCAUCUUCUUUAAAAUUAAUUCAACGUGACGAUAGUGGUUGUGGUUGUUCGCUAUCGACUAUUUCAUCGAUCAGAUCGUUAGACGAUGUCGAUAUUCAUGAACGAUUACUGGAAGAACAAGAAGAAUUGCAUAGUUUGUUGAGUUCAGAUUCAUUCUCAGGAGACUUCUCAGAAUUACUGAAGGAAUUUGAACCAUUGUGUAAAGGAUAUCAGGAAGCUGUAGAUCGUGUAGAACAGUUAAUGGCACAAAUUGAAACAAUUCGAGAAAAAUGGAAUGAUUGGGCAGAAACACAACAGAUUAUGCAAACAAUGAUGCGAACAAUCGAGAAUGACUUAUCAGAACUUCGGAAGGGAGCUGAUAACUCUCAGAAACACAACUGUUUUCAGCAGAUAUCAUCAGAAUUGCAAUUAUGUCAAGAACGAAUGAAUCGUUUGGAGACAACUUGUAAUUAUCUGAGCUGUAGCUUAGCUUCACUUCAUCGCCGACCCUCGCAAUCGUCGCCUAUUGACUUCACUUCAGAAUUAGCUUUGUAUUCUAAUGCAUUCAUACAGUUGAAAACAAGAUUUGAGAAAGAAAUAGGACGUGUGAAAGGUUCUGAUAAAGCAACAUUGGUACGAAGCAGAAAAAGAUUACGUAUAAAAGAUGAUGAAAAACAAAUGCUAUCAAAGCAUAACACGUACGUGAAUACUGUUACUACAGUUAUUAACCGUACACACUGCUCUUUGAAGAUAUUUUUUAUUAUUUCAAUAAUAGCGGCGUUCACAGCGUUGUUUGCUACGUCAACUUACGUACCGUGGCGGACAACAAUUGGGCCACAUUUAGAUUACGUUAACGGCCCACCACCUUUAUGAAU